ACAAAUCAGAAUGAUAAUUCUCCAUGUCAAUGUUGGGUAUUUCACAUACUGGUAAAAUAAUUAAAAUUUAACAAUGGUGCAGCUUAAACAGGUUUCCCUCCGACUAAAGUCGAUCUCGAACAUCCAGAAAAUUACCAAAACCAUGAAGAUGGUGUCAGCCAGCAAAUUUACGAGAGCUGAACGAGAGUUACAAGCAGCUCGGCCUUUUGGCUAUGGACCCCGCAAAUUUUACGAGUCCAGCCACUUGGUGAAAGGAGCAGUGGAUGCUAAGAAGGGGGACAAGGAUGCCGCUGCUGCAGCCCCACCGCCUGAGCCUGCAGCUCCUGAUAAAGAUGAUAAAGAUGCGAAGAAACUUAGAAGACUUUACAUCGCUAUGACGUCAGACAGAGGUCUAUGUGGCGGCGUGCACAGUGGGGUGGCGCGUCGAAUCCGCCGCGAGAUGGCAGCACGCGGCGCGGACGGGGCCAAUCACAAGUUGGUGUGCGUCGGAGACAAGUCCCGCACGAUGCUACGCCGCGCGUACGCAGAAAGCAUGCUUGCCAGCGUCAAAGAUAUCGGUCGAAUCGCCCCAGUGUUCGCGGACGCCUCAGUGAUCGCAGCGUACAUCACCGAUUCGGGCUUUACGUACGACGCGGGCGAGAUCUACUACAACAAGUACUUCUCUGCGGUCAAGUAUGAGAUGACCAUCAUACCUGUCUUCAAUAAGUUCAGGAUUGAGGCGGCGCCGAAUAUGAGCGCGUUCGACGACGUUGACGACGACCAACUGGAGUGCUAUGCAGAGUGGACGUUGGCCGCCCUCCUGUACUACGCACUUAAGGAGAGCGCAGCCUCCGAGCAGUCUGCGCGUAUGGCGGCCAUGGACAACGCCACCAAGAAUGCUGGCGAAAUGAUACGCAAGUUGACCCUCCUCUUCAACCGGACGCGCCAAGCCGUCAUCACCAGGGAGCUCAUCGAAAUCAUAUCAGGAGCUGCCGCGCUCAAGUAACGCCCUCGACAUCAGUCUCAACAUUAGGUAUUAAUUUCCUGCUAUAAAAAUUACAGCAGCAGUCAAAAUGACUAUAUUGAAAUCCAGUUAAUUGUGAAUCAUGAAGUAUAGAUUUUGCUUGGCCUUGGAUGCUUAUAAACCCAAGUUCAAUGUACCAUGUAUGAGGUAUGAACUUGGAAAGUUGAUUGCUAAUCCGAAAUCGUACAUAAUGGGAACACCUGCGAAGCUAUACAAAAAAGUUUUGGCUUUAAGAGUAGGUAAAUACUAGCGAUUGCGAAAAUAAAACCCCUGCUGAUAUAAACAUCACGAUGAGAAGUCAUUGUUCUGCGUAUGUUUUGUAUUAACAGUAUAUAUUAUACGCAUGACAAAAAUAAAACAAUUUUGUGUAGUAAACAUGAACGUUUUUAUAAUUUAUGUUUUCUUAUUAUUCUGUUGUAUCAAGUUAUUAAAGGUAUGAAUUUGA